ACGGUGUAUUCAUUUGAAUGGCUCUAAACGUGAAUGCAAUUUGGAAAGCUAGCUAGACAUUUCAUGCAGAUUUAUACUUUACAAUUAUCUCCUUACUGCUUCUUCCACGUGGACAUACAUUGCUGAGGAGAGUCAAGACAUUUCACAAAAUGUGACGUGUCUCUUACUAUGGCCUCUGGAAGUCAUGAAGGGCAAAGCAGGGAAUUCCAACCGCUCAACCAGGGAAAACCUCAUGGAUUUCUCCAUCACAUCAGCGACCACUCUGCAGCUGACAAGAACAUGAAGGAGGUGGAUGUUUUAAAUAAGGAAGAAAUAGAUAACGAGAGAUUUCCCGUGAGUCGCGGUGCACACAUCUCUGGCAAAGCGAAACAAGUGUCUGUGUGCUACAAGAGGAAGUGUUCGUUGUCGCGUCACGGCGUCGUGGUGAGCUCCUGCGUGCGCCGCAGAGCGCCCCCCGCAGGUCGGGCUGUCUGUGACAUGGCCAACAAGGAGAAUGAACUGACCUGCUCAGAGGAAGUGCAGGCCAUACACUACAAUGACUGCUGCGUUUUCCCCGUCAACUCUGCGGCAGAAGCAGGCUCCAAGAUGGCAGGGCCGGGAAACAAGUACAGUGAUUACUUCACGGAGCUAUCAAAGGAUCAUGAUGCAAUGACACGUGUGCUUUUUGGAAGGAAUCUCCGGCUAAAUGUAGCUCUGACGCUAUGGCGAAGAAACGCCAGCGAACUAGUGGCGUACUUGAUCAGAAUUGAAGACACAGGCGUGCUUCUUGACUGCCUACCAGUUAUAACGAAAAACCUUCAAGACGAAGCUCCGUGCAUAUCACUGGGCUGUUGUGUAGACCUCCUGCCACAAGUCAAAACCAUCCUCGCCAGUAAAUAUGAAGAACACCUGAUUGUGGGUCUACACUGGGUUCAGUCUGUCAUUAAGAAAUGGUGGCCAGAACUCUCCGCAAACAGCAAGAGCCUGCAGGACAGCUGCUCAGAGGACAGGAACCUCCGAGUGAUGAAGCAGCAGCUGAAGGAAUUAUGGGAGGAAGGACCCCGGUUAAGUUUAGUUCCGGGAAGUACAGGAGAGAUGGCAAAGGCCAUUGAGUCUUAUCUAUCACAACUUCGCUGACCAAUCAGUCAAUGUAGCACUGAAGAAGCCACCAUUACUGCCGGAUAGAGCUGUGUCUUGAACGUUACCUGGAGCCAGAGACACUAAAGACAAGACAAUGCUCCACACACCGACAGGAACCAUGUUCUAUUCUAUGGGGAUUGAUGGACUGAGCAAUUCAGACAACUCCCGUACUCCCAUCACAACUGAGACACAAGAGAGGAAGGAGCCUUUCUCUUUGCAAAACCAGGAAUGACUACUUCACAUUGAAGUGGAUCGACGUCUUGCGACGGUGCAAUUCUUCAAUCGACUAACAUGAGACUGAGACUUGACCAGAAAGGCACCCUAUUUCCUAUAUAGUGCACGUUUUGAACCGGAAUAGGGUGCCAUUUUGGAUGCACACUGACUGGCUCUGGGCCUCUCUGUGAAGUGCCAAGUUCUUUCUCACCACCACAGCACUCUUCACCAUGGUGUGUAAACCUGUACAGAUCAUGGAUGUAACGGAAUGCAUGCCCCUUCCUUGUUUUAAUGCUAUUUGAUUCUUCCACUCAUGUCCUGAAUCAUGAACUUGAAACGGAUGCGGUCUUAAGUUAUGAGAGCUCUUCUUGUUUUUUUUGUUUUGUUUUUUGCCUGUUCAUGAACGACGUUUGACUGUAAAAGUGUAAAUACAGUGAUUCUUUUAAUCAUCUUAAAAAUAAAAUUUCAAAAAUAAAUUACAUUUAUUUUUUUAAAUGGUGGACACUUCACUAUUCAUGUGUUUUGCCCAUUGUUAUACAGUGCCUUCAGAAAGUAUUCAUACCCUUUGACUUAAUACACAUUUUGUGUUACA